CCCCUUGGUGCUGGAAAAGAAAGGUUUCUAACUUGCUUUCUGAGCGAGUUCCUACCAGCUCCGCUGUGGGUAAGGUGGGGCUGCUACCCAUUGGACAGAGUGGCUGGGGCCUGCUCAGUGGAGCUGGGGCCAAGCCCGGCCUCUCCAGUCAGCUGCGGGGGCGCACCCCGGGGCGCUGGGAGUCCAGGCCCGGUUUUGCAUCAGGCCCUGCCGAGGUGUUUCCUCCUCCUCGGUGUGGGGCAGCUGCUGGCUGGGCUGCCUGUUGAGUCAGCCGCCUUCUCUCACUGCUCUUCUCCCAGUCCCUGAAACUCAGCUGCCAGGGGAGCUGGAGUCACCUGCGAAGGUGUCCUCCCAUACUGGACCCCUACAGGAAGCUACGUGUGCCCAGCUGGGGCACAGCCCCAGCUGAUGCCCCAGAGGGGCCACCCAUCUCAAGAGGGGCUUUGGGCUCUGCCCUCCCUCCCCAUGGCGCAUGGGCCAAAGCCUGAGACUGAAGGACUAUUGGACCUCAGCUUCCUGACAGAGGAGGAGCAGGAGGCCAUUGCUGGCGUCCUCCAACGAGAUGCCCGCCUGUGCCAGCUGGAGGAGGGGCGGGUCAGCAAGCUCCGGGCCUCACUGGCAGACCCUGGGCAGCUGAAGAUCCUGACAGGGGACUGGUUCCAGGAGGCACGCUCCCAGCGGCACCACAAUGCCCACUUCGGCUCUGACCUUGUCCGAGCCUCUAUGCGCAGGAAGAAGAGCGCCAGGGGAGACCAGGCUCCAGGCAGCGACGGGGAGGCUGAGGCUGCUGUGAAAGAGAAGGAAGAGGGGCCAGAGCCCAGGCUCACCAUUGAUGAGGCCCCUCAGGAGAGGCUCAGGGAGACUGAGGUGAGAGUGAAUGAACCAGCAAGUGAGUACAGUGUCCCUGGAGGGGAGGUGGACUGUGCGGGGGGAAGGGGGGAAAAGAGCCCCAGCCUGGGAAUGGGGAGACCCUGGACAUGUCCCUUCCCGUGUCUGCACCUCAUCAUCUCCUGGGUGGAACAGUGGUAUGGAUCCAGCCUCUAA